GCGCCGGGCCCCGCCGCGCAUGCGCUCCUCCCGCUCGGCGAGCCCAGCUGCUUCCUCGGAGCUGGAGGGGCCGGGCUGGCGGGGGCGCGCGCCUGGGGCUGCUGCUGCUGCCGGGGCUCUUCGGGCGGGUGAGUGGCGGGGGCGCGCGCGGGGGGGGGGGAGGGAGAAGCGAGCGCGUGGCCCCGCCAGCCCGAAAGAGAGAAGAGCCGGUGGUUUCUCUCCUAUCCUUUGGGCCAGGAGGAGGAGGAGGAGGAUGCGCACUGGGCCUCCCCUGGCCGCGCGCCUGGGCUCCCUUCUGCUCCCAGGCGCGCUCUGCGUGCGCUCAGAGGCUCAGGAUCCCCCUCCCCGCAGGUGCCCGCCAGGUGUCUCCGCUUUUGGAGAGCGCCGGCUCCAGCUUUGCGCAUCCCGCCCGGAGCCUGCCUGCCUGUCUCUCUCGUGGUGAUGGGGGGGGGGUCUGGAGCCAAAUCCCUGCUCCGGGCGGGGGGGUGCAGAUGUUUCGGGUCCCUGGAUGUGAUGCAGCCGAGAGGGGACGCGCCUGGCCGAGGGCGCGGAUGCCAGCACCUCCCUAUGCGCGCACGGGGCAGGUUGCCCGCCAAGGAGGCAGCUGCUCGCAGUUGCAGGAACGUGAAGAGGUGCGCCUUGCAGUCCCAGGAAGGAAAGGAUCCAGCCUCCUGCUAGCAUCCUCUCCUGGAGGAGGAAUUCCCCAGGACUCCUCCUUCUCCAGGGCGGGCUCCUUCCGGGCAUUCCCUCCCGCCUCCCUCGGGGAGCUUCCCCGGGGAGGGCGCCCCAGAAGCGUGGCCCUGGCAGGGGGGGAGGUGGGCCAAGCCUAGGCAGGCUCCGGGACAGCCAGCCGGAGAGGGAAGGCCUGCUUCCAGGAGUGCCCAGCAGACAAUAGACGGGAUCCCGUGUCACACGCAAACAACCACAGUGACACCCGAGGAGGAAAGCGGCAGCAGAGGGAGGGAUGGGGAGGAGGCUGGGGGGCCAACUGCCAGGGAUGUUUUAGCUGAGAUUCCUUUCUGAUUUGGGGAGGGGGAGGACUAGGGGGUUCCCCUUCCAGUUUUAGGAUGCGGCUCCCUGCUCCUUGCAGAGCCAUUUUCACAGCAAGCUGUUCCUCCUGUUUCUGGCCAAGCUCAGAAGGCCGGCCAAGAGGGCCCCCCAAAAUAAAACAUCUCUGGGUGUGUGCAAUGCAAGUGGUUCCUCCUGGGGCCCUGCUCUGGAAAGGGAGAGAAGGGUGAGCUUCGUAAGGGUUAGAAUGAACUGAGCUGGAUUCCUAGAGAGGACACAUUAAAGAUGAAGGGGGUCAGGUCCUCCAGAGCAAAAGCACUUCCCUCCCAAGUCCCUUGCCGCAGGGGUGUGCAUGGAUGUUCUCUCUCUGCUGUGCAAAUUAGUGGCACCUUCUGGGAUCUACUGUCUCUUCUGCCUGUGAAGGGAAGUGACAGGCAGGUGGGGCUUGUCAACCUGUGAAGGUAGCCCAUCUGGAAGAAGGAAAACUCUGACCCUAAAUCUCUUCUGCCUUGCGGAAUAUAUUUGGGAGAAGAAAAGAAUAUGGAGUAGACUCUGAACAAAUCCAGAAUCGAGUCCCUAAGACAGUUGGAUGGUGCUUUGUACGCCUCCUUCUGGAAACUCCUGCAGCCAAGCGGGUUCCAAACAUUCUGCUCUGCGUUCCUUUGGACCACAUCAGGGAGGGCGAGAGGAGGGUCUGGGCAGCCUAGGACUGCCGUACAUACUGCCCAGGCUUGUGCCCCGUAGAGGUUACUUCAGUGCUGCUAACCUAGCAGUUUGACUUCAUCCCCAGAGACGCUCAGUAUGGUCUCUCGAGACAGACAGAUGCCAGCAACAAUUACCUGUCCUUUACCCCAAGUCCCCAGGGCAGAUUGCAACAUUAAAACACAAUAUUAAAAACAGUUUAAACCACUUACCAUCAUGGAAAGAAGGUGGGUCCUAGCUGCUUUUUAAUUGUUUUCAUCAUAGCCCUCACCUGCACCUCCUUUGGCCUCCCUCACUUGGCCCUCAGGGGGUUGGCCAGCAGAACAAUAACAGAUAGAUAUCUUUCCACAAUAGACUAUCUUGAGAACAUUGGAGAUUUGAAGUGCUAGAAAAUGAGACAGAAGCAGGAAGUGAGGGCGGGCGGGAGAGCAAGUCUUGAGGACCCCCAGGGUUAGCACUCCCACUCUAGCCUAGUGUCCACAUUACACAAGAUACAAAUAACUCACUUGUCAAUCACAGUUCUGAAUUCAUUCAUUGACUGAAAACACUGAAAUUGCCUGCACAUUUUGCAUAGUAACUUUCCUUCUAGGAAGGCUAGAGGAUAGCUUCUCCAUUUUCUUCCUUUUGUUGUUAAAGAAGGCUCAGAGUCUUGGCUGUAGUGUCGGGCGGGUCAGGUUCUUAGCAAGACUCGCCCACACUUGCUUAUCUUGACCGUGUACCAAUUCUGUAACAAAAACAAUGCAUUUGCUUUGUAGGGUUUGGCAGCAACUCUAAUUAGCACAGUCAGAACUUGGAGGCUCUUGAAGGCUUCCUGAGAGCACAGAUGGAUGAGCAAGAUUCAUCUGGAACUGAAGCAGGAAAAGUCAGUGCCUUCAAAAUUGGGAGCAGAUUCUGGGAAAACUCUGUGCAGAAGAUCCUGGGUGAGGAGGACACUCUCUGCUCAGAUGUGCAGAGCCAGCAGUUCAGGCAGUUGUGCUACCAGGAGACUGAAGGACCCCGAGAGCUUUGCAACCGACUCUACCACCUUGACUGUCAGUGGCUAAAGCCAGAAAGUCACACGAAAGCUCAGAUGCUGGACCUGGUGGUCUUGGAGCAGUUCCUGGCUGUCCUUCCGCCAGAGUUGGAGAGCUGGGUGCGGGAAUGUGGAGCGGAGACCAGUUCCCAGGCGGUGGCCCUGGCCGAAGGUUUCCUCCUGAGUCAGGCAGAGGAAAGAAAGCAGCCAGAGCAGCAGGUGAGAAAGACUUUCCUCUGGAUACUCCCAAGGGGGUCUGAACAGGAGGGUGAAUAUCCCAAAAUUCUCUCCUAAUGGCCCCCACCUCUUCUUUGAAAGUAUCCAGAGAAUGAUAUCAGAUACCUCUGAAGUUUUUCCCUCUGCCAUUACUUUCCUAAUCUUUCUCCUCAUUCUCUGCUUUGAAUCCUUGUUGCUCUUUCAGGAAAAGGAUUCCUCUGGGGCAGAGAAGACUCAGCUGAACACCAGAGAGUUGACACUGGGUAAGGAGGAAGGAGUUUUUUCUCCGUUAGGUCUCAUUUUGUGGAUUUUAAAAUGAAUCCAUGGGUUCUUUUAAUCUUUUUAGGGAAGACAGUUGGGGACAAGAGUCCUCAGGAAGGGAGACAUUUCCCCCCACAAUUAAAAUAUGAAAUAGGUACAAACUUCAAACUGCACUCAGCAGGGGAGACAUUUUCUAAGGCCUAUUUCAUAUAAUCAUCGAGUUGUAGAGUUGGAAGGUACCCCAAUGCUAUUGGUCCAAACCCCUGCAAUGCAGGAAUCUCUGCUAAAGCAUCCGAAGUAUAUAAAUUUUUUUAAAAAAAUUGUCCAGUAGCACCUUAGAGACCAACUAAAUUUGUUCUUGAUAUGAGCUUUCGUGUACAUGCACACUUCUUCAGAUACCACACUUCUUCAGAUACCGUAUCUGAAGAAGUGUGCAUGCACACGAAAGCUUAUACGAAGAACAAACUUAGUUGGUCUCUAAAGUGCUAUUGGACAAUUUUUUAAUAUUUUUAUAUAUUUCAACUGUGUCAGACCAACACGGCUACCUACCUGAUGCUAAAGCAUCCAUGACAGAUGGCCAUCCAACCUCUGCUUAAAAACUUCCAAGGAAGGAGAGUCCACCACCUCUCAUGGGAGUCUGUUCCACUGCUGAACAGCUCUUACUGUCAGAAAGUUUUUCUGAAUGUUUAGUUGGAAUCUCCUUUCAUGCAACUUGAAGCCAUUGGUUUAAGUCCUACCCCCCAGAGCAGGAGAAAACAAGCACACUUCUUCCAUGUGACAGCCCUUAAGAUAUUUGAAGGUGGCUCUCAAAUCUCUUCUCGGUCUCCUCUUUUCCAGGCUCAACAUACCCAGCUCCUUCAACCGUUCCUCAUCAGGCUCGGUUUCCAGACCCUUGACCAUCUUGGUCUCCCUCCUCUUCCCCCCUUUCCAGUUUGUCAACAUCCUUUCUUAAAUUGUGGUGCCCAGAACUGGACAAAGUAUUCCAGGUGUGGUCUGACCAAGGCAGAAUAGAGAUGGACCAUGACCUCCCUUGAUCUGGACACUAGACAUUUGUUGAUGCAGCCUAGAAUAGCAUUAGCUUUUUUUGCUGCUGCAUCUCACUGUUGACUCAUGUUAAACUUGUGGUCCACUAAGACCCCUGGAUCCUUUUCACAUGUACUGCUAGUAAGCCAGGUGUCCCCCAUCCUGUAUUUGCGCAUCUGGUUCUUCCUGCCUAAUUGCAGAACCUUACAUUUGUCCCUAUUGCUAUGAGCGCAACAACAGCCUGCCUUCUGAGAAAUGAAAUUGUCAUUGAGGCAAUGGAGGAAUUUGUCAGACCUUAUACUUGUGGCAGAGUUUGAGUCCCAGCAGAUAUCAGGGAAGUUAAAGUCCCCCACGAUGACUAUUAUGGUUAGAGAUGCACUGCUUCACCUCUGAGAAAAGCAUUCACUAAUGUCUUCCCACUUACCUUUGUCAGGUGACAGAAGGAUUCCAGCAAGACCUCCUCAUUCACCUUUUCAUUGUGGUGGAGUGGAAACAGUGGCUGUGGAACCAGACCAGGUAGGAAGAAGGAGCAUUGUGGGGAAAAGCAGCUGAGGAGUGGGGCAGCCAGGGCGCCUUUGGGUCUAAAUAAACCUCUGUCCUCCUUUUAGCUUCUGUCAAAACUGCCCUGAACAUGGUAUUCAAGGUUUAUGUGCUGAGAAUAAUGAACAACUGCCUCAGUUUAACUUAACCUUCUGAAUGUUGCAAGUAUUGUUUUUCAAUUGUUGUAGUUUUGCUUAUAUAUUUAUCAUUGGAUGUUAAAAUAGGCGUCUAAGCAGUUGAGAAGCCAUAGAAAACAGUUGCCAGGGUUCCCUUAAGCAGUCCCAUCAGCGGCACAAUGGGGCUUUCCCACUGUCUCCUCCCCCUCCCUGUGCCCCCCUGUGCUCCUGGAAGUUGGCUUUAGGGCAUCUGGGGGUAUCCCUCCCCAGAACAGCACAUGGGGAGAGGAGAAGAGAGAGGGAAUCCUUGAGUCUGGCCAACUGGAAUACCUGAUUUGAAGAGCACAAUGUGGAGUUCCACCCAUUUGCACAAAGAUUAAUACCCAUCAUAAAAAUACACAAUAAAAGAAUUCUUUUAACAUGUUACAACCAGCAUCCAUACUUAAAAUGUGCAGCCAAACAAUCCCAUUAAAACAGCUCAGCAACGAACAGGCAGAAAACAACAUAACAAUGUGUAGAAGACAAUCUUUAUGCUGUCUGAGAGCAAGACAUUUUUCUUCUUCUUUUAGGGUCUAGUAUGCUUUGAAGAUGUAGCUGUUCAUUUCACAGACGAGGAGUGGGCCUUGCUGGAUCUCGACCAGAAAGCUCUGCAUAAGGAAGUCAUGGAGGAGAACUGUGGGAUCAUGAACUCUCUCAGUAAGGCUCCCUGUUGGAUCAUGAUAUCUCUUUUGGAAUUCAAUACGUAUCUAUGUAACGAACUUCCUGUAUUUUGAUGGAGCACAACAGGGCCACCUAUAGCACCUGCUUUUCUGACACCACCGCAGCACAUUCAGAAUGGAAGGCUAUCUACUGUUUGGUCUGCAAAUAUUCUUCCAUUUAUUCCUUUUUAAACAAUGAUUGGGCUGGUCUGAAUUGCCUAGGCUUCAGAGUUGUUAGGGGAGUUGAAGAAGCUUCUGUCAGGUUUUUUUUGUUUUUGCUUUUGUCGGUUUUUGAUUGAGCAAAGGGAUGACUGACCUUGGAAACGGAGCUGAUUUCUUGAUUGGGCCAAACAAAACCCAUCCCAGAAAAGAGCUAGGCUUUUCAAACGAAGGUAGUGAACCCUGUAGUAAGACCUCACAUAUUAUUCCCUUCGAUUCUUCCUCUAUCACAAGUGUUCAUGAGCAUUGCUCAAUAGUGGGGGCCUCCAUUUCUUCCUGAGGCUUUAAUCUGUUUAUCUGUUUGUUGCAGAUGGUGAUGAAUUGGAAAUUAAGAACAGGGGAGACCAUGACGAACUCCAUCCAGUGGAGAAUCCGUAUGAAGUUUUGGAUUCUGGAGAGAGCCUCAGUGAGAGCUCCCAUUCUACUUCCCAUCAAAUAAAUCCCACUGGGAAGACACUCUAUCAGUGCUUGGAAUGUGGAAGCAGCUUCACUCGGAAGGAAAGUCUCACUUCCCAUCAAAGAAUUCAUACAGGGGAGAAACCCUAUCAGUGCUUGGAGUGUGGAAAGAGCUUCAGUCGGAACUCCCAUCUUACUUCCCAUCAAAGAACUCACAGCGGGGAGAAACCAUAUCAAUGCCAAGAGUGUGGAAAUAGCUUCACUCGGAAGGAAAGUCUCACUUCCCAUCUUAGAAUUCAUACAGGGGAGAAACCAUAUCAGUGCUUGGAAUGUGGAAAGAGCUUCAGCCGGAAGGAAAAUGUCACUUCCCAUCAAAGAAUUCAUACAGGGAUGAAACCAUAUCAAUGCCUGGAAUGUGGGAAAAGCUUCAGUCGGAAGAAAAGUUUCAUUUCCCAUCAAAUAAGUCAUACAUGGGAGAAACCAUAUCAGUGCUUUGACUGUGGAAACAGCUUUAAUACAAGCACAAACUUUCAUAAUCAUGAAAGUAGUCAACUUGGGGAGAAAACAUUUCAAUGCCAAGAAUGUGGAAAGUGCUUCACCUGGAAGAAAAGUCUCAUUUCCCAUCAAAGAAUUCAUACAGGAGAGAAACCCUAUCAGUGCUUGGAAUGUGGAAAGAGCUUCAGUCAGAGUGCCCAUCUCACUUCCCAUCAAAGAUCUCACAGUGGGGAAAAACCCUAUCAGUGCUUAGAAUGUGGAAAGUACUUUAGCCGGAAGGAAAGUCUCACUUCCCAUCAAAGAAUUCAUACGGGAGAGAAACCCUAUCAGUGCUUGGAAUGUGGAAAGAGCUUCAGUCGGAAAGAAAGUCUCACUGCCCAUCAAAUAAUUCAUACAUCGGAGGAACCAUAUCAGUGCUUGGAAUGUGGGAAGAGCUUUAAUAUAAGCACAAGCUUCUGUCAACACCAGAGAAUUCAUAGUGGGGAGAAACCAUAUCAAUGGCUGUGUACAAAUUUGCUUUUAGAAGACUUUAAUUAGUAUGAGAGUAAAGAUUGCAUUAGUGUAUUUGUCAUUUGUCAACCCAGCAAAGAAGUGGACUUUGUCUUAUAAAACACCCUGUGCCCAAUAUUUCUUAUUCUGUGUACAGUGGUGCCCCGCAAGACGAAUGCCUCGCAAGACGGAAAACUCGCUAGACGAAAGAGUUUUCCGUUUUGGAGGUGCCUCGCAAAACGAAUCUGCUAUGGGCUUGCUUCGCAAGACGAAAAUGUCUUGCGAGUUCCUGGGUUUUUUUUUCCCUUUCCCCCCUCUUUUUCUAAGUCGCUAAGCCGCUUAUCUGCUUAUCCGAUAAGCUGAUAAGCUGCUAAAAGCCGCUAAAAGCCGCUAAUAGCGCUAAUCCCGUCAAUGGGCUUGCUUCGCAAGACGAAAAAACCGCUAGACGAAGAGACUCCCAGAACGGAUUCUUUUCGUCUUGCGAGGCACCACUGUAUCCAGAUCUGUGAGGUGCAAGUCACUGGCAAAAGUCUUGAAUGUCCUCUCUGGGGAGAAGGUAAAGAACAAUUUGGCAACACUGAUGAGGCAGCCCAAAAUGCUGAAUUUUUUUUUUGAAAAGUUGAUAAGCAAUUCAUAGUUUACAAAUUUGUGGCGCUCCUGAGCACUACUUCCAUCCUCAGCAUGUCCGGGAUGGCAGUGGUGUCAGCUUGAAGCUCUUCCUGGUAUCUCCUGACCAGACACAGGACAGCUCCCAGGAGAGCCAGAAGUUUCAGGCUUCCCUCUAUGAGAAGGGUAAGUCGAGGAUUCCCUUCCUGCUGUCCUCCUCCGAUUAGUCAAAGUACAUUCCGAGGGGAUGCAAGGAGCAAAUAAUUGUUAUCCACAAGGAAGAAAAAGUUACGUGUUUAUUGCACUCAAAGGUGGUUGGGAGCAACAGCAAGCAAAGUUUAUUUGCUUUAGCCAACCCCAGUCCUCACCUGCACACAUCCGACACGUGGAAAGAGGCUUAGAUUGAACCCAGAUUCUAAACAACACAACUCAUCCCAGUGGCAGGUGUCUGACACUUUUUCCCAUUCCAUGUGGACAUAUCAACAGAUCUUGACGAAUUGGAAUUUUUUUUUAUCAGUCUUUCACAUAUAUUCCUUGAGCAGGUGUCACUGUUUUACUUCUCCCCAAUGUUAACUGAGACUCAGUCACAAGGGACAAGGUAUUUUUGAAACCAUGCUGGGCGGCUGUGUCUUGAGUCAAGGCCUUGUGGUGACCCUCUCCACAUAAGUCUGGUGCCCCACAGAUUAUUGGUUCUCAUGCUCUUGCUCUUCUUCACAAGAAUGGGAAACGAUACUGUCCAAUGUAUAACUUUGUCCAUGUGUAUUCUGUCUUCCAACCUAUCACCUGCAGUCCUUCCCCAUAGCUGUUCUUGAAUGUGACUGUACUGUAACAUUAAAAUACUGUUCCAUGCCACCCCAGUCUCCAUAGCAGUGUGAGAUUACAGUGAUCUAGGCACUUGCCCAGAUUCUUGUUUCCUUUGGAAAUGAGGCACCUCAGAGACUGUGGUUUAUUUCAUAGACUCAUAGAGUUGUAGAGUUGGAAGGGACCCCCUAGAGUAAUCUAGUCCAACCCCCUGCAAUGCAGGAAUCUCAGCUAAAGCAUCCGUUUACAUUUAACCAUUUCCAGUGUCUUUCUUUAUUAAGACUUUGACUAGGUUUCCUGUUCAUUAAAUGUCUCCCAAUACCCUUUUCCAUCUGUCUGCAAAACAAUUCAAGAUUAAUCCCAAUUGCCCUGUCUAGCCGAUUCUCUUUUCAGGCAUACGGUGACCACCAUAGACCCCAUAACAAUUUAUUCUUUUCAGUGUUCUGGAACGGACAUUCACUACAUGCAGUCCCUAAAAGCAGCUAGUUCUGUACUGUAAAAGGCAGGUAGAGACCUUUUCAAUUUAGCUAGGCCAUAAACCAAAAAGUAAAUGGAAUAAUCAAAAUGAAAUUAUUGUUUUCUCCAACACACACACACACACACACACACACACCGCUGACCAGCAAACCCGAACCAGUUGUAGUGUGGGAUGUAUUUACACUGGUGAAAGGAAAUCUCUCCCUUUCUGGGAAAGGCUCUGGCUGGGGAGAAACCUUCCUUACAACUGGCCUUGACCAGCUGUGAACUUGCAGUGUACUAGGUUAUUAAGUCCUCAAGCCCAUCCUUGCCAAGGAUCCUCCAAAGACCAUGAAAUCCCCAGAGACUCCUGGUGAACUCUGCUCUCAGAGCGAGUUGGCCUUCUUGUCAGGAUAGGAUCACUUCUUCCCUGAAAUUCCUCUCUGCCUCUUGACCUUCACUGUUCCCUUUUGGGCUUCUGCUUAAAAUAUUCUUUUCAGGCAAGCAUUUCUGGACGCAUAAAUGUUGAUGUGUUUUAGUCUUGUACUGUUAGUGUUUUUACUGUUUUUGAUUUUUAUUUAGCUGUUUAAUUUAAAUGAUUUGUUUUUAACUGUUUGUAAUAGAUAAUUUUAACAUUUCCAGUAAACCGCUGAGAUGUUUUUAUUACCAUCAAGUAGCAUAUCCAUUUUAUUAGAUAAAAAUAAAUUAAUCCCACCCACC